UUACGAAAAUAUUACUUUCUUCUCCGUGAGAGAACCUGAAAAACUCAGUUCACUCACUUCUCUAAACCCUAAGAUAAACCCAAGAAAGAUUCGAACUUUCCAACCAUUGAAAUCAAACUCUCUCCGACGAGUCUCUGGGAGCUAUCCAAUGUCCGCUAAUGUCCGCCGAAUCGAGAAGAAUUUCCAGGUACACUCUCCCCAAAUCAUAACCUCUGAAAGCCUCAAUUUUUUGGAUCAGUUUUUACCUUUCUCAUCGUCCGAUUCCAAUUCUUCGAGCUCGCUCAACGCUAAAGAACGGCGUAAAAUAGCUGUUGGGUUAUCUAAGAUAGUUAAAGUCCGUAAAAGUCAUCUAUUAAAAGCUUUUUCUAGAGAGUUUUCCCCAUUGGUACUUGUUCGAUUAAUGGAGCUUUUGGGUUGUCGAGAAACUGCAUUUGCAUUCUUUAAACUUGCAUUUAGAGACUAUUCUGAGAAAAAUGUGAGAUCUUGCUGUGUUGUUGCUCAUAAUUUAGCUGCAAGGAAUCUAAGAUUCUAUGCCCAAGAUGUGAUUUCUUGUGUUAUUGCUAGAAUUGGUGUCAGUAGAAGUAGAGAAGUUAGAGUGUUUAUGUGGAAAGGUCACCGAGAGUUCGAGACAGAUUCAUCGGUUCUUGAUACCCUUAUGAGGAGUUAUUUGAAUGUAGGAAUGGCAAAUGAGGCAUUAGAGGUUUUGAAUAAGAUGUGGGAGGUGAAAGUGAGGCCUAGCGCUUCGGCGAUUAAUGUUCUGUUCAAGUUGUUGCUUAGAAUUGGUGAUUAUGGUAGUGUUUGGAAGCUUUUUCGGGACAUGGUUUGUAAGGAGCCAUUUCCAAGUAAUUAUACUUUUAACAUGUUGAUUCUCGGGUUUUGUCGAAAAGGGUUACUCAACAUUGGAGAGAGUUUAUUACAUGUGAUGCGAAAAUUUCGAUGUGAACCAGAUGUUUUUACUUACAACAUUGUGAUCAAUGCUAAUUGUGUUAGGGGGCAGACUAAAGUUGCUCUUAAAUGGAUGCGUUUCAUGAUUGAAACUGGCUGUAAACCGAGUAUUGUGACGUUCAAUACAGUUGUAAAUGCUUUGUGUAAGGAAGGAAAUUUUGUGGAAGCAAGGAGGCUUUUUGAUGCAAUUCAUGAGGCUGGUGUUUCUCCAAAUACCAUAAUAUACAAUACCAUUAUCGAUGGAUAUGUUAAGUCGGGGGAAAUUGGUGAGGCGAACAUAUUGUAUGACGAAAUGAAGAACAAAGGUAUAUCUCCUGAUGGCAUAACCUUUAAUAUAUUGAUUUCAGGGCAUUACAAGUAUGGAAAGAAAGAGGAAGGAAAUAGGUUGUUAAGGGAAUUAGCUUUAUCAGGAGUGUUUUCCGAUAGUUCAUCGUACGAUAUUUCGAUUGGUGCUUUGUGCUGGGCAGGUCAAUUGGAUGAGGCCAUGGCAUUGUUAGAGAGUAUGCUUGAGAAAGGAAUACCUCUUAGUGUGGUUGCUUUUAACUCAAUCAUUGCAGCUUAUAGCUGGGAAGGAUUGGAAGAAAAAGCUUACAAUGCUUAUAAGAUUAUGAUUAGAUAUAGUUUAAGUCCAUCAUCUUCCACAUGUAGUUCUUUGAUUAUGGGCUUGUCCAAGAAGGGGAAGCUAAAUGAAGCAAGGGAACUUUUGUGUAAAAUGUUAGAAAGACAACUUCCUAUUAAUAAAGUGGCCUUCACAGUGCUGUUAGAUGGUUACUUGAGGGUGGCAGACUUGAAUGGCGCCCAAAACUUGUGGAACGAGAUGCAAGAGAGAGGGAUAUUUCCUGAUGCUGUUGCCUUUUCAGCCUUUAUUAAUGGACUUUCUAAAGCAGGAUUGAUGGAGGAGGCUUAUGAGUUAUUGUUAGAGAUGUCAAGGAUAGGAUUGGUGCCUAAUAAUUUUGUAUACAGUUCUUUAGUUCAUGGGUUUUUGAACUGUGGCAUGCUGAAUGAAGCAUUGAAGCUAGAGAAAGAGAUGAGGCAAAAGGGUUUCGUUCCAGAUAUCGUUAUGGUCAAUAUAAUUAUUAAUGGGUUUUGUAAGCAGCGAAGAACGGAUUUAGCUAUGGAAAAAUUUAUGGAGAUGCAUCUGAGUGGACUGAGACCGAAUAUCGUUACUUUUAACACAUUAAUUGGGGGUUAUUGUAAAGCAUUUGACAUAGUUUCUGCUGAAGAGUUUGUGCAUAGAAUGUAUGCUAGUGGGGUUGACCCGGAUAUUGUAACACAUAAUAUCUACGCCCAUGGUUUCUGUCGCAGUAGGAAAAUAAAUCGAGCAGUGAAGAUGCUCGAUGAAUUGGUUUUGGCAGGUAUAGUUCCAGAUACAGUAACAUAUAACACCUUGUUGAAUGGUGCAUGCGGUGACAUAUUGGACAAAGCUCUGAUUUUGACUGGAAAACUGCUCAAGAUGGCUUUCGUUCCGAAUGUUGUCACGACCAAUGUAUUGCUGACUCACUUUUGCAAGCAGGGGAUGCCCGAGAGGGCCCUAAUGUGGGGUCAGAAGUUGAGUGAGAUCUCCUUUGAUUUUGAUGAAAUUACAUAUAAAAUAAUGGGAAGAGCCUAUCAUAGCAUAGAAAAAGAUGCUAAUGUCGAUGUAAGAGAAACAUCUGCAAAAGGGUUUUUCUUGGAUUCCCUUAUGUACAUUACAUAUGACUAUUUUUGUAGAAAUAGACCCUCUCAGGAGGAAGUAAGCCCAAAUCCUCUUACACUAACUGAAUGUAGGUUUAAGGGGUCUUGAAAGUUGGCAUCUUCGACUUGUCUUUCCAUUCUCAAAUUUUGAGCAUCCUCAGUCCAUGACAUUCAGUCAGUAGCUAUGGAGCACCAGAGAAAUUAAAAAGUACCAAAUGAAGAUAGGAGUGGGAAAAUUAAAGCAAUGAGAAAAAUAUGUGAUGGUUCAGCAAGUUGUUUUGCAUAUGUUUCUUUGAUGGGAUAUCUUUGUAGCCUCAAGCACAUUGAGAUGAUCGAUCUGGUCUGAGUUGAUCCACACAGUGUACUUUUGUGUGACUCAGAAACGCAAAGAAGUUAGAAAACAGAGUCUUAACAGUAUACGAUUUCCCUCAAGACAUUAAACUUGACUUCGAAAUCUUGAUCCUUCAAGGAUGGCAAAGUUAAAGUUUUAGCAGCCAAGCAUGCUGGUACAAAAAUUUGUAUCAGUAACAUAUGAUGUCUCUUCUAUAGCCAUUGUUGCUGAACAUCAUUCAACCAAAUUCUGGAUUAUACAGAAGCAUCUCGUACACAAGAAAAAGCUUGAGAUGAUCAAUUUCCGCCCCCUAGCCAGGCCAAUGCACACAGAAGGUCGAUCUGCAUCAAAUGUAGUACACUGGUUCACUGAUUAUGUGGUUUUUUCUGCAUCACCAUACCUUACUCAAUAUAGAGAUGCACAGAAGAAUUCUGUUUUUGAUGUCAACGAGAUUAAGAUCAAUGUAGAUGCAUCUAUUUUUGCAGGGACUGAUUUCACCUGCUAGCUAGACGAACUCUGAAUUAUGCUGCUUCGAAUACUCAUACUGCUGUAGAGUGCAGCCACCUGUUGAUGAAGCUACGGGAGUAAGGGAAGCACUCGGUUGGCUCAAACAACAGCAGGUACACGGGUUUGCUAUUCGUAGUGCUACUGAUAUGAGCUCACCUUUUGGUUUGCUUGUUGUUACUGUAAACGGGUAUUGCACAAUUUAGAUAAUGUUUUUAUUCUUAGUGUAAAGCGAUUUGUGAAUAAGGCGACCAGUUUUUUGGUUCCUACUGUUUGUUCUAGUGCUGAUCGUAUCUUUAGGGGAAGGAAUGUUUCUCCUGAUUUUCUUGCCGUUUUGAUGGCAGAACUUUCAUUGAUAAUGUCUCCAUUUUUAUUCAAAAUUAAGAUAUCAUGAACUUAAUAAUUAGAUGAAUUAGGCAAAUUACCAAACUAUGAAAUUUUGAUAGCAUUGUAUGAGGCACUUGUAACUUGAA